CUGUGCGGGCGGACGCACGCAGCCAAAUGAAUCAGGGAGCGCUAGAAGGGCCUCGCUGCAGCUCUCUUGGCAGAUGAUGCGUGGGGAAGGCUGAGUCUGGGGGCUAUCGCUUAAGGAUAGAUCGCCAUGCAAAGUAUGGUUCAGGUGUGGUUUGGAGAUGAUCCCCCUUUAAGUCCACGAAGUCCGCUGACUCCAAGGCACGGCCCAGGCUUAGCAGAUGUUCUGCUUUAUGACCAGUGGAUAUCAGUGCGGCAUGAGGCAACUCUGGUUCCUAUGCAGGAGGACCUGUCAAUCUGGCUAUCCAGCUUGUUGGGUUUAUCGCUUACAGCGGAACGGUUGUUAGAAGAACUUGAUAAUGGUGUAUUGCUGUGCAUGUUGAUUGAAGUAAUCCAAAACACAGUUAAACACUGUUGUGACCCGAGUGAUUUAAGGGAUUUUCCAUUGAGAAAAGUCCCCUGUAAGAAGGAUGCACCUUCUGGAUCCUUUUUUGCUAGAGAUAACACAGCCAACUUUCUAAACUGGUGUAGAUGUAUUGGGGUGGAUGAGACUUAUCUCUUUGAGUCUGAAGGCUUAGUCCUGCAUAAGGAUCCAAGACAGGUAUACCUCUGUCUAUUAGAAAUUGGUCGCAUUGUAUCAAGAUAUGGAGUGGAACCACCUGUAUUAGUAAAACUGGAGAAAGAAAUUGAAUUGGAAGAGACUCUGCUAAUGUCUUCUGAUCCUGUAGCUUCUGUCAUCACCCCCAAAUCAUGUUGUCAGCAUGGAGAGUUACAUGAAGCAGUUAAGCACAUUGCUGAAGAUCCUCCUUGCAGUUGCUCUCAUAGAUUUUCAAUUGAGUAUUUAUCUGAAGGACGCUAUAGAUUGGGAGACAGAAUACUCUUCAUUCGAAUGCUACAUGGCAAGCACGUGAUGGUACGUGUCGGUGGAGGCUGGGAUACUCUUCAAGGUUUCCUUCUUAAAUACGACCCUUGCCGAGUGCUGCAGUUUGCAACAUUGGAACAAAAAAUUUUAGCAUUUCAAAAAGGUGUGUCUAGUGAGAUGGUUCCUGAUUCAUCUGCCAGAACCCCACAACCACCUCUCAUGAAUCCCAUAUCAGCUGUUGAUACAUAUAAGAAGCAAAAUUCAAAGCCCUCUACUGCUUCAGUUCCAAAGAACUCUCAUGUACCUCAUAGGAAGCAGGCAGUAGCUAAGUCUUCCUCAAAAGCAACAGCGCACACACCUUCUUCAACCAAAGUGGCAUUGGCCAAUCCCCAGUCAAAAGGGCCUUCAGUAAAUAACAGCCAGCCAUCUUCUAAGUCUUCCACUGUUACUUUAAAAAAAUCACCAUAUCCUGCUCAUAAAUCUGCAUGUAUUUCAAAAUGUGUGCAACCUACAAAUAAAUGUUCUUCAUCUGCCUUACUAAAAACUGCUACGGCUUCUUCAGAAUUGCUUCCGAAACAUAUUUUGUCAUCAGUCAAACCUGCUCAUUUCCACAAUUCUCCAGCCAUAUCUCACCCAGUUCUUUCUUGUUCAGCAAGUAAACUUUCUGGGCUUCCUGGGACAACUAAAAAAGUGACCUCCAAACAAGACUGUGUUCCAUCUAACAGCAAAGCUGGGCAAAGUGCCAAACCUAAGCCACCUCUUGAGAAACAUGCAGCGCCAACUAAGAGAAAUCUUCGUGUCCCUAGCCCAGCAUGCUCUCAACACUCUUCUGCAAAAUCUGCUUCUAAACCUACCUCUCCAACUUUACCAUCACAAAGAGGCAUGCUAGAAACUAACCAAGCCAAAAACAUCAGAACUGCUGCUAGUCCCAAACAACUAGGUUCAGCCUCCUCACUUAUGGCAGAUAAAUCAUCACAGUCAACAUCUGCUAUAAAAACAAGAGGUAAAACUGUAUCUUCACUUGUGAGCAGCCAGUCUUCAGCCAAUGGAAAGGUUCAAAGUAACAGAGCAAGACCUCAUGUAGGAUCUGACACCUCAAAAUGUCCUGGGCGUACUCCGCUGUCGGUUGUGCGUCUUCCCCAGACAUCAACCAUAGCUGAGACCGGGAAGAAGACAAUGCAGGCUGCCACCAAUAAUCAGUCGUCAUUUAAAGCCUCCCAGAAGAGUAAUAAAAUCCAUGAUCCAGCUAAUAAGAAUCCUCCUUUAAAAGCAAAGGCCCCAACUGCAACUGUUAAAGGAACGCCUGGUGGUUUAAAAGGUACUACUUUGAAGACUAAACAAGAUGAUAAUUAUUUUGUCAUGACUGGGAAUAAGAAACCCAGGAAGUAAAAUAACAGGUCAUGCCUGUUCUUCCUGUAGCUGCUUUGUUCAAGUGAAUACAGGUGUUAAAUAACAACAUGGUAACUGAAAUGGUGAUAUUUUUUUUGUAAUGAUACAGUUCGAGAUGGGUCAGCCGCCACUUUUAAAGGGAGCUAAAAACAUUUUCCAGACCUUUAUACCAUUGUCUUCCCUAAGGCAGUAGUAUAUUGAAUCUUCACAGGUCAUUUUUGGUUGCAUUAUAUACAACUAAGGCCAUUUUUCAUGUUUCAUGCUUGAUGUGAUAAAAUCAUCACAAGAUGGCAUAGUUAGCAUUUUAGUAUGGUAAAUAUUAUUAGUUCCACAUGCUGAUACCUGAUAAGUACCAUGUCGGUGGAAAUUUUGAGAAUAGCAAACUUCUGUGUUAGCAAAUACAAAGUGUUGCCAUUUAGCAUUUACCCCUAGUAUUUACAGAUAUAAGAGUCGGGUGAUUUUUGAGAAAUGACCUUAAAACUCAAAAGGGAAUUUGAAAAUUGCGCCUUACUCUAUUAUUUAUUGCCAAUUGGCUAGAAAUAUACAAUCUGGAUUAGAAACAGGUAAGGUGGUGGGAUCAGGCUGAUCACCCAAGAAUAUGUAUUAUAUCUGAUGUUACUUUUUUAUUUUUGUAAUGUUAAAGUCCAAUUAAGCUUUCAGUACCACCAGAUCACUUUGGAAAUCUUCGCCUUAAACAGGAUUAACCCCAGCAGUGCCUUAGCAACAUGAUGUGCACUUUCAGUUUCUAAUCACGGGAUGCUGUUAUUAUUAUUACCUUGAUCCAGGUGUAUGUUUGGCUUCCUAAUAUGAUCCAGGUGUAUGGUUUGGCUUCAAGCCAUGCUGAGAUCUACUGCAUUUAAGCAAAUGGAACUAGACAUGUUGUACAAAACCAGUUUAAUAAAAACUGAUUGUGUGUGAUUCUUCAUUUCAGACAGAGAUUAUACUGCCGCAGUGCUUGAUAGAUUGCAUGCUUGCAUCGCAGUAGCCAAACUACUCUUAAAAAUAAAGUAAUAUUCCCUCUAUAAUAUUCUGAGAAAUAUGCUAAUGUCUGCAAAAUAAGAGAGCUUCCUUCAAAACUCGCUUACAUUUAUGAGCACAAUGUAAAUGCCUUUCAAAUAUGCUGCCUCUAUUAUUUUUAUAUGUGUACAUUGUGUUAUAAUGUUCACUUUUCAAUGCAUUCCUUGCCGCAUUAAUAUUUUCACUACAAGCACAACCUCCGGUAUCAAGCUAACUGUACACUGAAAAGUUGCUGGGUCUGGGGUCUGGUUCUUCCCUGCAGGAGAAUGGAGUAACAGAGAACAGAAGUGGUUGAAUGGACUGUACCACUUCAGAAUGCAGGUGUGGAGUCACAUUUUGUGGAAUGCUUUAGUUUUAACCCUCUGCAAACAAAAAACCAUCACAGCAAACAAAGUGAGGGAGUAGAAGCUUUCUUCCUGUUGUGCUAGUUUUCCAUUUGCAUGGAGUUUUUCUUGUGAAGGUUCAUUGAAAGACAGACUUUACAAUCUUAAGUGGUCUGAUCCAUUUCUCCCAUCUCCUUGCAAGCAAGGAAAAAAUUCCUCUUUGCUGCCAAAAAUCAUAAAUUGAUCAAUACUGUUGACUAAACCUGAAGUAUUCACAUUCAUGAUUUCUCAAAGCUGCUCUACUUGCACUUUCAAAAGUUACCUAGACCUGACUAGUUGUGCUAGAAUGUGGACAGAGCCACACAUUUGAAUGCAUCUUGAGAUGCAGUGCAAAUAGAAUCUGCAGUCCAAUGUCUAUUUUACCAAUUCACAACAAAUUUACACCCAGCAUUUGCAGUUCAGCAAGUGAUUCGGGCAGA